GCGUUCAGUGGUGGUAGCUAUGGCUUAUUCGGUGGUGGCAGCUCUGGCUUGUUCCGUGGUGGUAGCUCUUGUAAUAGCUCUGGUGGUUUGUUUGGUGGUAAUUCUAGCGUAGUUUCUUGUUCUACCAAAUAUAGAAACGAUGGUUUUUUUUUGUGUGAAAAAGCAAACCGGGUACCCGAAAUUAAAACCGAUUAUGUUACUUGUGAAUCAUCAGCGCUGGUUAUCCUUAUUUGGGGGAUCUACAUUGAUUAUCGCUCUUUUCGAUUUGAUUGGAUCGAGUCCUGUGAUUACAAUAUGGUCACUUCAACUUCGACAUAUUUCAU